ACCACAGCUUCAGUCGAGAAUCAGGAGCUGGACAGUCGUGUAGUACGAGGGUUGAAGGUUGCCAGCUUGGACGGCGACAACAUGAUUCCACUCCCUCCUACUUACACUCUCAGUGCCAUCCCUGUGAAGCAUGAGGAUAUGGCCUCAAGUGAAGAUGUUGAUCAGUGUGCCCAAUUGAGGGGGAUCGAGUUGCCCCGCAUCGAUGCAGAGAUUGGACUCCUGAUAGGAAAUGAUUGCCCAGAAGCUCUCCAGCCUGUAGAGAUCAGAAGAAGUCAGAACGGUGGUCCGUACGCUAUUCGAACAGACUUGGGUUGGGUGGUGCAGGGCCCGAGGCACAACUCUCUGCUGGAUGGAAGAAGAGUGAAGGUAAACCGCGUGCAAGUUGACAAGAUGAAGCUUGAUGAGAUGCUGGUCAACAUGUACGACAAAGAAUUUCCAGAGAAGAUCAGCGCCACCGAGAAGGGGCCCUCAGAGGAGGAUCGUCGCUGGAUGGAGAAGGUGACUCGGAGUUGUAAACGACAGGCAAAUGGACACUUCCAAAUAGCGUUGCCAUUCCGAGAUACUGACCCUGCGAUGCCAAACAACAAGACAUGCGCUCAAAGAAGACUCGUGGGCCUCAAGAAGAAAUUGGAGAAAGAUGUGAAGUUCUCUCAAGACUACCGCAAAUUCAUGGAGGACAUGUUCAGGAAGGGACAUGCCGAGAAGGUUCCCACGGAGAGCCUGACAAGAAAUGAUGGAAAGGUGUGGUACAUACCUCAUCAUGGGGUUUACCACCCGUUCAAAAAGGAGAAGAUCCGAGUAGUCUUCGAUUGUGCGGCAAGGUUUCGGGACGUUUCCCUGAACAGUGUUCUCAUGCAGGGGCCAGAUCUAGCGAACUCGUUGACAGAUGUUUUGGUGCAGUUCAGAGAGGGUCCUUGCGCGUUUGUCGCCGACGUGGAAGCUAUGUUUUAUCAGGUAGCUGUUCCUGAAGAGGACCGAGACGUCAUGAGGUUCUUGUGGUGGCCAGGUGGCGAUUUCUCCAGAGAUCCGGAGGAAUUCCGGAUGACCGUGCACUGCUUCGGGGCAAGCUCAUCUCCAAGCUGUGCCAACUUCGCUUUGAGAAAGUGUGCUGAUGACAAGGAAGACUGUGAUCCCGAAGUGAGCAAGGCUGUGAAACAGAAGUUCUAUGUAGAUGAUUGCCUUGUGUCAGUUGAAACGCCAGAAGAAGCUGUGAAGAUGGCGAAGGAGUUGAAAGAUGUGUGUGAUCUGGGCGGUUUCCGACUAACGAAGUUUGUCAGCAACAGCCGUGAGCUGCUCGAGUCGGUUCCAAAGGAAGAACGUGGGAGAUGUGUCACUGAACUGAACCUGAGUAUCGACGCGCUUCCAGUGGAGAAGGUCUUGGGUGUGUGCUGGACGUUGAAGGACGAUGCACUCAGCGUAAGGGUGACGACAAGAAGUUCGCCGGCUACCAGAAGAGGCAUUCUCUCGAUGAUCGCAGCCAUGUAUGACCCCCUGGGAAUCGUGUCGCCAGCCGUUCUUCGAGGACGCCUGAUCAUGCAGGACUUGAUGAGGCUGCAGUUGGAUUGGGAUUCGUCCAUUCCUUUGCAGCAGAAAACACAGUGGGAAGCAUGGGUGGCGAAUCUUCCUGGACUGGCAAAGGUGACGCUUCCGAGAUGCUACCGACCAGUUGGCUUUGGCGACGUCGUAUCGGCUCAGUUGCACAACUUCUCGGACGCCAGCCAACAGGCUUACGCCUGUGUCACGUACCUGCGCCUCACGAACUCUGCCGGCAAGGUUCACUGUGCGUUCGUUUUUGGAAAGGCACGCGUGGCUCCAUUGAAGGCGAUGACCAUUCCGCGGUUGGAGCUCGCUGCAGCCACGAUGGCUGUCAGGAUAAGCACGAUGCUGGAGAAGGCUCUUGAGAUGUCUAUCCACGGAGUCUACUAUUGGACAGAUAGUACCACCGUGCUGCGGUACAUCCGAAACGACCGGGCCAGGUAUCACACCUUCGUUACAAACCGCCUCGCAGUGAUCCGUGAUGGAUCAGCAACCUGCCAGUGGAGACACGUCGGCUCCAAGCAGAACCCAGCCGACGAUGCAACCAGAGGAGUGCAGACCGAGCGCUGGCUGCGCGGCCCAGAGUUCCUGUGUGAAGAGGAGGCGCGGUGGCCUCAGAUGCCGGCAGCCAUGGUCACUGAAGAAGACGACCCAGAAGUGAGGAAAGAAGUCAAGGUCGCCACAGCUGUCAUCGAGGAAGAGACUCCGACCUGGAGGCUGAUUAGGCACUACUCAACCUGGUACCGGCUAAAAAGAGCAGUUGUGUGGAUCAGACGCGUGGCGCAGAUCUUCAAGGCGCGGAAGUCAGGGAAAGAGGGAGCAUCUUUCAGCGGACGCAUCACGGUGGAAGAGCUCGAUCAAGCAGAGAGGGCAAUCGUUGGCGUCGUGCAGGCGUCGGCGUUUCCAGAAGAGCUGAGUUCUCUGAAGAGAGGUGGCUUGGUCAAGCGAUCCAGUCCUCUGUUCCGGCUCAAUCCCCAGAUUCAAGAUGGCAUCAUUUGUGUCGGAGGCAGAUUGGGCGCUGCGCCUGUCCACGCGCGUGCACGUCAUCCGUUCCUGCUGCCGGGUAAGGGCCACGUAACGGACUUGGUGAUCCGAGCCUUUCACGCGCUGGCCGGUCAUUCCGGCCGUGAACACGUGCUGGCUGCCCUCCGCAGCAGGUACUGGAUCAUCAAGGCCAACUCAGCAGUCCGAGCGGUGUUGUCAAGAUGUACCAGCUGCAGAAGAAGACAGGCACCGGUCGUGAGUCAAGUGAUGUCAGACUUGCCGCCUGAAAGAGUCACACCGGAUGAGCCUCCUUUCACCAAGGUUGGAUGUGAUUACUUUGGCCCGUUCUUUGUGAAGAGUGGUAGAAGGCAGAGCAAGAGAUACGGUGUACUUUUUACCUGCUUGACCACUCGUGGGGUUCACAUAGAAGUGGCAAACAGUCUUGAUACAAGCUCGUUCAUCAAUGCACUACGGCGCUUUCAAGCCAGGCGGGGUCAAGUUCAAUACAUCCGUUCCGACAAUGGAACAAACUUUGUAGGGGCGGAACAUGAACUGCGCGAAGCUGUGUCCAACCUGAACAGUGAAGAGGUGCACAACUUCUUACUUCAGAAGGGCAUCACUUGGAUCUUCAAUGCGCCAGGAGCAUCGAGCCACGGAGGCGUCUGGGAACGUCAAGUUCGAACCAUCAGGAAGGUUCUGGAAGCCUUGCUUCAGGAGCAGACAAUGGACGAUGAAGCAGUUCACACACUCAUGUGUGAAGUCGAAAACGUCAUCAACAGCCGUCCGCUCACCCCCGUUUCCAGUGACCCUGCAGACCUGGAACCGAUUACGCCAAAUCACCUGUUGUUGCUCCGGGGCGGCGCUGUUCCACCCGGCAUCUUUGUGAGGUCAGACAGCUUCUCCAAGCGACGAUGGCGCCAGGUUCAAUACCUCGCAGACAUCUUUUGGAGAAGAUGGGUGUCGGAGUAUCUGCCGCUGUUGCAGCACAGACAGAAGUGGAUGAAAACUGAAAGAAACCUCUCAGUAGGGGAUCUCGUCUUGGUUGUUGACUUAUCUCUUCCGCGACUUCAAUGGCCUUUAGGACGUGUGGCUGAGGUGUUCCCAGAUGCUAGCGGCCAUGUGAGGACUGCUAUUGUCAAGACGGCACGCUCAGUUCUCAAGCGACCAAUCAACAAGCUGGUGCUCGUGCAAGAGGAGUAGCGGGUUUCUGUUUGAAUCAGGUGGAGGUUGGAUAGCUUACCUUGUAUUGGUUGUAGUUCAGCUGGUGGCGGCUUGCCAGCCUUCAUCAGGUCGGAGAGAGCCUAGAGUUUGGUUGAACCUUGAUCGGUUCAAGGAGGAGGGUGUAAGCGCGAAGAUGUAUUUCUGUCCUUUAUUCCUUUUAUUUACCGGCCGCAACCUCCAGCGUGGGCUCUCCUCAUGUAUGUUUUGAGACGUUUAGUUUUUGCCCCGCCGAGCCUGUGUAGAAGGCGGCCGGCCUGUGUCUGCAGUGGUAAAAGCGAUAUAAUUCGGAACCGUGUGUUGUGUCAACCCGGCAUAAUACAUGAGUACCGAGAUAUCGCCUCUAAGAGGGGCCCGGCGAGUGAGACACCUGCUACGAGCCCACUUUGAGGCAACAAGCGAACUGCUGCAAAACGCACAGGCG